GACUGUGGAGUUCCAGCCUUCUCAAUUUGUUGCUGAGGAGACUGCAGAGACCUGCUUAGAGCCCAUAGCAGCUAGAGGAGUGGUUGGUAGGAAGAAAAUCUCAACAUGGAUUGCUUUUCAGACUUAGGUGAAGGUUCAUCUGGAAAUUCCGUCAACCCAAUGGAAAUCCCACCUUUUCAAGACAAAGACAAUGAGAGUAUUGACAACUUCUUACCUCUAUUUGCUACUGACCCAAUGCAAGCACUUACUGUUCAAGAGAAGGACUCUCUGGAGUCAGCCACAUAUGUACCUAUGUAUGCCAAUGAACCAGUAUCACCGUAUACUUUGGAUGAUAAAGAUGUUCUGGAUGCAGACUCAUAUACAUCUUUAUUCUCAAUUGAUUCAAUGCCACCAUUUACUCCUGAAGACAAGGAGAAUCAGUCUGUUGCCUCCUAUCUACCAAUGUAUCCCGUAAACACCAUGGAAGCAAGUUCUUUGGAAGAACUUCCUGAAGGACCAAGUGCACCAAUAUAUGCUCUUGAACCAGUUGAAUCUCUAGAGAACAGUAACCGACAACUUGAUGUAGAGAACUUCUUGCCUUUCUUCUCCGAUGACCCGAUGCAAAUGCCUACAAACCAAGAUACUCAGGCCCUGUGUAUGGUGAUCUUGUCCUUAGCCCAGAUCUGUGGGGGUGAAGGCAGUAAGGAGGAGAAAGAACCAAAACUUAGUGCCGUGGCUGCUGUGAAACCAGAGGCAGUUGGGCGCUUUGGGGAGCUGGCUGGCCGGCUGGCGCUCUUGCAUUUCCCGCACCUUCGCAGACCGAUGCUUGUGGCCCAGCUGACUUGUGUGCUGGCUGCCUAUUUACCUGCAGGUGAAAACCUCUCUGCAGUGCUCCAAGGCUGGUUUGUCGAGCAACACCAGUUCACCAGCAGUGAUUAA